AUGAAACGAUCCACAAGGAAGCCUGUGGGAAGGCCCCCAGGGUCCAAGAAUAAGUCAAGCUCCAGCACUCAACCAGUGUCCCGACCUCUGGAGCCCUCCAUGAAGGUCUUUUCUUUUAGGGUACCCCCAAACAAGGACAUCAUGGAGUUCAUCUUGAACAUUGCUCAUAAUGGUCAUGUCAGUGUGGCCAUCAUUAGUGCCUCUGGCACAGUCAACAAUGUGACCCUUCAAAACUCAACCAUGCAGCAUGGUCCCUUCACUUUGCUCUCCCUUGCUGGUUCCUACUUAUACAACAACCUCUAUACCCUUUACCCUGGAGCCACCCCUCCCUUUCCCCUAUCUUUCACCAUCAACCUCUCAACCCCUAAUGGCCACAUAUUCGGAGGUGUCAUUAGUGGUAGCGUCAUUGCCCGUCAAGAUGUUAAACUCACCGUCUCGACCUUCAAGAACAGUGGUAUCCUCAAGUUUCCUCCAGAUCUCGAUAACAAUCAAAACAAUAACAUCAGCACUUCCACCAAAAACAACACUGAAUGA